AUAACACUCGUACAAGUCUUCAGAGGUUAGCAUAUCCCAGGUGUUCAGGCAGUGGAAUCACACAAAGGAAUUUCAAAGUAAUUUAAAAUUCAAAUGAGGCAUCGAGCCCGAGUCUCUAUAAAAGGACCCGCUGUCCGUACGGUAUUCAUCUUUUCCUUGUGUGCAGGCAGUGACGUUAGUUCUACACCAGUAACAUCUUUUCUCCAUGGCCGACGAAGCCCAACCGGAACGAGCAGAGCCGCUCCUCUCCUUAGGAGAGGAUGUUAACCAACGCCUGACUUCUCAGGCUGCUGAGAUUAAGCGGCUAACUGAGACGUUGUCUCGGUAUAUGGAUCAUGAAAGUUCAGCUCCUAGUGAGCAUUUCGGCAGACGUGCUUGGCACGCUGUGCAGCAACAACAUCCCCCUCGGGGUGAUGACGACAUAUUAAGCCUCCUUGCGGGGCCCAACGAGCUGGAUGCUAUGUCGGAUGCUGGAUCUUCCGUGACCCCAGUAGUCCACUACGACCCAGACGUCGAUUUGGAACCCAAGGAGCUCGAUAUCAGAGAGGAUGCCGAUUUAUACGACACUGGCAUCAGUGUUGGCCCUGCCAAAUUUGAUAAGCUGGCCGAAAGGCUUACUAAAGCGGUUACUCUCCCGCCCAAGAAAGAGAGUUUGGAGAAGAUUUCAUCGCGAUAUCUUACCCCCAGCAAUGCCCCUGAAGCUUGUACGCCACGCGUUGUGCCUGAGGUUUGGCAAACUAUUUCGGGUCGAGCUCGGUCUAACGAUGUUCGCCUCCAGAAACUGCAAAACAAUGUUGUGCAGGGACUUCUUCCCUACGGGGAAAUUUUGGAAGAAUUACACGCAGCAACUUCUCAGAAGAGGCCAGUGAACAUUGAACGCAUUAAAGAGUUUUCUCUUGAUGGGCUCACUUUAAGCGGGCAUGCUUCUUAUGAGUUAAGCAUGUAUCGGAGGGCGGAAAUCAAGCCCUAUAUCAACCCCAAAUACAAGGGUUUGUGUAGCCGGAAUACUCCCUUGGAUGAGAAGUUGUUUGGGAAAGAUAUACAGAGUACCCUAAAAAAUGUGGCUGAAGCGUACAAUGUGGGACAAAAAGUCUCACAUCAUGGGAAGGCCCCACGUCGCCACACCCAGAGGAAGCAAACCGAUUUUUCCACUCACCGUCGCCAUGACUUCAAGGGACAACGAUCGUCUCAGUGGAGCCGCUCUCGAGCUCCAGCAACGGUGUCUCGUCCACCGCUUUCACCCCACGCUUUCCAGCGGACCAGAAUCGUCAGGGCUCUUCGAUUCAUAGACAGGCAAAAAAGUAAGUUCUGAACAAAGUGAGAAAGGACAACACACAAUUGGCUAUUCUCAUAGCACCUGUUUGGAAAGCACAAGUCUGGUUUCCAAUACUCCUCGACCUACUGGUAGCACCCCCCAUCCUGCUUCCAGAGGACAGCCUCAUACCCCACCCUCAACACAAACUCAAACUUCAACUAGCCGCCUGGCUUAUCUCCGCCAACAAUGGAGUUCAACAGGAAUUUCGGAACAAGCUGCCGAACUCAUUGAAUUCUCUUGGCGACCAGG